AUGCAGCUCUUCCGUUCAGCCUUAGUUGUCUCGCUAUCGCUGCUUUCAGUCUCAGCCAACGCCCUCAGUGGUGUAUAUAAGUGCCCUGGUCUUAAAGAUGACCUGGAAGCGAAAGAUGUGGCAGAGAAAGCCGACAGUAUUACUAUUGAACCAGAGAUGGCAGAUUGGGGUGACUUUGAAGAAAAUGGCAUUCAGUAUAAAAAUCAUUAUAGAUCUUCUCGCUCAGAUUAUCCAGGAGCGAAAUAUAUUUUCAUCAAGGUGAACAAGAAUAAAGAUGUGGUAAGAGUUGGUGUCCAUCAACCCUCAGAGAUGAUAGAAUGCGAGCAUAUACCAGCAUAG